UUUUCUGAGUCGGCGAAGUGCUGAAUAUGGAAAACCUUGUACUGACUCGGCCUUCUGUGAAAGCUGGAUUUCAUGGAUCGCCGACGUUUUGGCCUUCGAGGCGUUGGUUCUCCUCGACUAAGUCUAUCAGAAGCCCUGGUUUUUGCUUCUCUUCUCUUAAGUCCAACUCCAUCUCUUGCUUCAUAUGUUCUAGUGCUGUAGCUUCUUCUCAAACAAAGUGUCAAGCUAUGGCAGUGGAAUCCUUUAGGGAGGUUGAAGAGUUGGCUGAUAUUGAUUGGGAUAACCUUAUAUAUGGGAUUGAACCAACUGAUUAUAUGUAUAUGAUGAAAUGUGCUAAAGAUGGGAGUUUCUCUCAUGGAAAAUUGCAUCAAUAUGGAAACAUUGAGUUGAGCCCAUCAGCUGGAGUCUUAAAUUAUGCUCAGGGCGUGUUUGAAGGGUUAAAAGCAUAUAGGAAACAAGAUGGCGAUGUGAUCCUUUUUCGUCCAGAAGAAAAUGCAUUGCGGAUGCUUAUGGGUGCGGAGCGCAUGUGCAUGCCAUCUCCUUCUGUCGAACAAUUUGUAGAUGCUGUGAGGGACACUGUUUCAGCCAACAGGCGUUGGGCUCCUCCUUCAGGAAAAGGAUCUCUAUACAUUCGUCCAAUGCUUUUUGGAAGUGGGCCUAUUCUAGGUCUUGCCCCUUCUCCUGAGUACACAUUUCUUAUAUAUGUCACACCAGUUGGGAAUUACUUCAAGGAAGGUUUGGCUCCAAUUAAUUUGAUUGUUGAAACUGAAUAUCAUCGUGCCACUCCAGGUGGGACUGGUGGUAUAAAGACAAUAGGAAACUAUGCAGCGGUUUUGAAGGCGCAAACCAAUGCUAAAUUGAAAGGCUACAAUGAGGUCUUGUACUUGGAUGCUAUCCACAAAAAAUAUCUUGAGGAAGUGUCAGGUUGUAAUAUUUUUGUCGUGAAGGGUAAUGUAAUAUCGACUCCCCCAAUAGAAGGGACAAUUUUACCUGGGAUUACUCGGAAGAGCGUGAUUGAAAUAGCUCGUAAUGAAGGAUACCAGGUUGAGGAGCGACGUAUACCAGUAGAGGAGGUGUUUGAUGCCGAUGAAGUUUUUGGAACUGGAUGUGCUGUGGUUGUUUCUCCUGUUGGCAGUGUCACGUAUCUUGGGAAAAGGAUAGAGUAUGGUGGUGUAGGAAAAGUUUCUCGGCAACUCUAUUCUGCACUUAUAAGCAUUCAGUUCGGGUUAACAGAGGACACAAUGGGGUGGACAGUUAUAGUAAAGUAGGAAGGAGCAAGCCAAACCAUUAAACUUUAGUGGCUUGGUGAAAAAUUGAUCAUUAAGUGGAUCUGUAGAUGGAGCGAUGAGCGACAUGAUCAUACAAGUGGUCUUUAAUUGGAUGCAUGGAAUGCAAUUGGAAUAAAUGCAAAAACAAACUUCAAUGCUUCAGUA